AUGGUUUGUGAGAUGGAAAGUGAUUGUAUUGAGGACAUGGACGUUGAAGUCCUCUCUUCAAUGUGGCCUGAAGAUAUUGGCACCGAUGUUGGAAAACAGUUCAAUAUAGAGAAGCCUGGAAGGGACCAAGAUAUGCUGGAGGAAGUCACAAUCUUAGAGGAGCCAACAAUAGCCGAUUUCCAGCGUCUAAUGGAGCUUACAAAUUACACAGAUAAAGGGUCUUCUCAGCUGGCAUACCUCAUGCAACACUGGGAGUAUAAGCAGGCUAACGCGGUUCGGCUUCUGAGAGAGGAACUUGACAACCUUAGCAAACAAAGGCAGGAAGUUGAGCUCAGGAAAUUGGAGAUACUGAAAGACAAUCGGUUUGAGGAAGAGAAUUACGGCGGUGACAAGCGUCCGGUGUCUAUAUUGGAUGAGAUUUACUAUACAUGGCAAGAUGUGCCAGUGCCACUCAGGAAAAGCAAUGUGGUUGUGCAAAACAAGAGGGUUGAAAUUGAUGCUGAGUAUGACACAGUUGUGUAUUGGAAACAGAGGGCGCUGCAGUUGGAAAAACAGUUGGAGGCAAGUGUCAAUAGAGAACAGAUACUAACGGACAAGUUGCAAGAAAGUAUAAAGGAAUUUGAAAGGCAGUCUUCACCUGUGGAAGAACUAACUCAGAUUCUGAAGAGGGCAGAUAAUUUCUUACAUUUUAUACUCCAAAAUGCACCCGUUGUCAUUGGCCAUCAGGACAAAGAGUUGCGAUAUCGCUUUAUCUACAAUCAUUUUCCAAGUUUACAAGAGGAGGACAUCAUAGGAAAAACAGAUGUUGAAAUUUUCACUGGAUCCGGUGUUAAGGAAUCUCAAGAUUUCAAGAGGGAAGUAAUGGAGAAAGGGUUGCCUGCAAAAAAGGAAAUUACUUUUGAGACAGAAUUAUUUGGGUCAAAGACAUUCUUGAUAUAUGUAGAACCUGUCUUUAGCAAAGCAGGAGAGACAAUUGGAAUAAACUAUAUGGGAAUGGAAAUAACAGACCAGGUAAGAAAAAGAGAAAGAAUGGCAAAGCUUAGGGAAGAGAUUGCAGUCCAGAAAGCCAAGGAAUCAGAACUUAAUAAAACGAUCCACAUUACAGAGGAAACUAUGAGAGCAAAACAAAUGCUGGCAACAAUGUCUCAUGAGAUAAGAUCUCCACUAUCUGGAGUUGUUAGCAUGGCUGAAAUUCUUUCCACCACGAAACUUGAUCGGGAACAAAGACAGCUUUUGAAUGUCAUGAUAUCUUCUGGAGAUUUGGUUCUUCAACUUAUAAAUGACAUUCUUGAUCUUUCCAAGGUUGAGUCAGGAGUUAUGAAAUUGGAAGCUACCAAAUUCCGGCCAAGAGAGGUGGUAAAACAUGUACUCCAGACUGCUGCAGCAUCAUUGCAGAAAAUGCUAACCUUGGAAGGAAAUGUGGCAGAUGAUAUACCUGUUGAGGUCAUUGGAGAUGUUUUGAGGAUUCGGCAGAUUCUCACAAAUUUAGUCAGCAAUGCCGUAAAGUUUACACAUGAAGGCAAAGUUGGUAUCAACCUUUACGUUGUUUCAGAGCCACCUUUUGCCAAAGCAGAAGGGCAUCAAAAGAUGACCAUAGAUCAGUCAAAAAGUUCAGUAAAUGGAGUGAAGGAAGAGAAACGUGCAUCAACACCGCGAAGCAGCAGCAAUCAAACUUGUCUAGAUGGUCAGAAACAUAACGACCAUCCAAGCCAAAGUCAUUCAUUCAACGAUGAAUGUGGUUCUUCAGUUAAAAGUGAAUGCUCAAUGAAUGGAGAUACUGAGGAGCAAACUCGUUCAACUGAAACAACAGUAUGGAUACGUUGUGAUGUAUAUGACACAGGAAUUGGAAUACCAGAAAAGGCAAUACCUACUUUAUUUAGAAGGUACAUGCAAGUAAGUGCAGACCAUGCUCGAAAAUAUGGUGGCACAGGUCUAGGUCUAGCAAUAUGCAAACAACUGGUUGAGUUAAUGGGGGGUCGUCUAACAGUGUCUAGCAAAGAACAUUGUGGUUCUACCUUCACAUUCAUACUUCCCUACAAAGUUUCAACGGCUUGUGAUAAUUCCGAUGACCCAGAUGAGCUAUCAGAUGUGGAUGAUAAUGAUGAUGAUACUACAGAGGGAUUCUUCCAAUUCCAACCACGCACUUUGGGCUCUCUCUUCUCCUCUAAUGGACCUACCAGGCCCCAAAAUAUACUACCAGGUUUCAGAAGCUCAAGCAAAUUCAAUGGCUUUUCCGAGAAUUCUUAUUCAUUCCCCACUACCAACAUAAGUUCAAAAGGAACUAGUUCAAAUGAGGAUGCAUAUUCAGUUAUUGUUGAUGCUCCAGAGAUGUCUGAAUCAACAAGUUCAUCAAAUCACAGCCCUGAAACAAAGCAUGAAAGUGUAGUUAACACAAACCAACAGAAUCAAGAUAAGGCACAUGCUGGAUUACAGAAUGGUAGUGUAAACUCUUCUCAACAUAAGGAGGCAAUAACUCUAGGAACAAUAUCAAAUGAACCCCAACAAACAUGUCAGCAAGUGAAGACAGACACAGCCUCUCAAUGUGUCAUUAGUAGUAAUAAUAACACUUCAUCAGAAGGGACUAAAUCCUCAUUAGGGCCUAAGAUUCUUCUUGUUGAAGAUAACAAGAUCAAUGUGAUGGUGACACAGUCAAUGAUGAAGAGGUUAGGCUAUGGCAUGGAUGUUGUGAAUAAUGGGGUGGAAGCUGUACGUGCAGUUCAACGCCAUACUUAUGAUGUCAUUUUGAUGGAUGUUUUCAUGCCAGUUAUGAAUGGUCUUCAAACAACAAAACUGAUUCGGUCUUAUGAGGAAACUGGCAAUUGGGAUGCUGCAAGAAAAGCUGGAAUUGAACAAUGUUUACCAACUUCUGAUGAAUGUUCUGUACCACCUAAAAACCGGAUCCACAUCGUUGCGAUGACAGCAAACACAAUGUCAGAGAGUGCUGAGGAGUGUUAUGCAAAUGGUAUGGACUCAUUUGUGUCAAAACCUGUGACAUUCCAAAAAUUGAAAGACUGUCUAGAACAGUACCUGAGGUGA